CCACGUCAACAAAGCCCCUUUCUAAAUUAUAAUAAGUGAACAGGACGCUCGACAACCAGGGAAACGCACAUUUGACUGGAAGUAACAGUAUCGGGGACAAUUAAGCGGGCAAUUACGGCGGUCGUCUAGCCAUCCUCCUGACAGUAAAAACCCGACGCUGGCGCUUGUUCAGCGCUCAUAAUGAAUUUAUCCCGUCCACGCCUGCGCAGUCACCAUUCAUCUUUGAAUCUCCUGCGAAGGAGAAAGCAGCAGGCGGCUCUCGCUGGUGUCUAGCUGGAGAGCGCUUUGACUGAACGUCUUGGAUUUGGUCCCGUCAACGAGAGUCAGAGCUGUGAAACUGUGCCUGCCAACGCGUUUGGAUAUCUUUUCCCACUACAGUAACACUUCAACCAUUCAAGAGUAACAGAUGGAGCUGUGAGCCGGGUCAGGGGGAAAUCGCAGGCACCUGGGAACCCAGUGAAUCACAGCACUGGAGAAAACAAGUGGGAGAAGUCUAGAGAAGUGAGGCAGUCAUCCUCACUCAGUCCCCACAGGGAUAUUCUCAUCCCAACGAGCAAGGUAGAGGUUCCGAACCCAUCCUGAGACCGCAACACCGGGCCGCAGAGGGACAAGAGGAAAGUACUGCGCAAGGUGAGACAGAGGGAAGCAGAUCAGGUCUGUAGGCAGGGGGCUCUGAGGGGAGCGUAUGAGGAGGAGUCAGAGAGCAGAGGAGACCCCUGACCUGUCCUGACAACACAGAGCUGCCCCGGCAACACACCCGGGCCACACAAGGAGACGGACAAAGAGCACCCACUCCUUUCGCAGGCAUGAGGUCCUUCCGUUCGUUCGGUAAUGAUGACCGUCACGUCAUGGCCAAACACUCCACCAUCUACCCAUCGUCGUCUGAACUGGAGGCGGUCCAGACCCUGGUGUCCACCGUGGAGGGUGCCCUCAAACACGUCUCUGAUUGGAUAGACCAGAGCAAUGUCCAAUCGGUGCAGAGUAACAGCCAGGCAGACGCAGCAGCCGGCCAGACAGACGGCCAGCCGAACCCCACAGACAGCACAAUGACAGAGGACGGUAGUGCUGACCAUGACGACGACCCCGACGUUAGUCCCAGCGCCAGCCCAGAUGACUGCACAGACAGCAGCUGCAGGGAGCCCGGUGGAGGUGUGCUGUGUGGGGUGAUGAGGAUCGGCCUGGUGGCUAAAGGGCUGCUCAUCAAACAGGACAUGGAUCUGGAGCUGGUGCUGAUGUGUAGAGAGAAACCCACUGAUGCACUGCUGUGCACUGUCUGUAACAACCUGCCCCUGCAGAUACAAAAGUUAACCGAAGACAAGUAUGAGGUGCAGCGCUGUGUGCCAGAGGCAGCCAUCUUGGUGUGUAGUACGACAGAGCCAAAACUCACCCUGAAGGUCACCCUCACCUCCCCGCAGAUGAGAGAGGACAGCGACACGGACGAACAAGUGGAGGGUGUUGAGCUGACAGACCCGGCAGACAUGCUGGACAGGCACAGAUGCCUGGUGGCCCUGGCGGCUCUGCGACAUGCCAAAUGGUUCCAGGCCAGAGUAAACGGGUUGAAGUCAUGUGUCAUCAUCCUCAGGAUCCUGAGAGACAUGUGCAAUAGACGACCAGCCUGGGAGCCGCUGAAAGGAUGGCCCCUGGAGCUAAUCUGUGAGAAGGCCAUAGCCACGUGUAACCGGCCGCUUGGUGCAGGGGAGGCCCUCCGUCGGGUCAUGGAGUGUCUCGCCUCAGGAAUCCUCCUUCCAGGAGGACCAGGGUUACACGACCCGUGCGAGAAGGAGCUGACCAACACCCUAACGGCCAUGACAGACGAGGAAGCAGAGGCCAUCACAUACAGUGCACAGCACGCUCUGAGACUGAUGGCGUUCGGUCACAUCUACAAGGUGCUGGAGAUGGACCCUCUCCCCUCUAGUAAACCCUCCCAGAAAUACCCCUGGUCAGACAGGGAGGGCUCAGGGCUGAAGAGGCCCUACGAGGAUGGGCCCACGGACGACAAAGACCUCAUCAAGAAGAUGAAGAGGAACCUGAGGAAAGUCCUCGACAGCAAAGCAAUAGACACCAACCAACCAAUGAAUGCUCUGAUGCGUCUGAAUCAGAUACGUCCAGGUCUGCAGUACAAGCUGCUGUCCCAGUCCGGCCCGGUCCACGCUCCUGUCUUCACCAUGUCUGUAGACCUAGACAGCACCGUCUACGAAGCCUCGGGCUCCUCCAAGAAGACCGCCAAGCUGCAUGUCGCUGUCAAGGUUCUGCAGGCGAUGGGUUACCCCACAGGGUUCGAUGCAGACCUGGACUGCAGUGCAGACGAGAAGUCGGACGGAGAGGGGAAGAGCGAAUCAUCUACACACUCAAGCAAUAACACAGCACACUCAGACAACUCAAAUACACUGGAGGUCCGAACUCAGGGUCCUAUUCUGACGGCCAGUGGGAAGAACCCCGUCAUGGAGCUGAACGAGAAGCGCAGGGGUCUGAAGUACGAGCUCAUAUCAGAGAGCGGGGGCAGCCACGACAAACGCUUCGUCAUGGAGGUGGAGGUGGAUGGUCAGAAGUUCCGCGGGGCGGGGCCUAAUAAGAAGGUGGCGAAGGCUUCGGCUGCGUUGGCUGCUCUGGAGAAACUCUUCUCUGGCCCCAACGCCGCCACCGCCAACAACAAGAAGAAGAAGAUCAUCCCACAACAUGCCACUAAAGGAGCCCUAGCUGCAGCGGCAGCCUCAGCAGUAGCAGCCCAGGUGGCCAGAGGGAGAGGUCGAGCGGCGGCCCUGACCAGAGGAGCCUUCGUCAGCGCUGCUGCACCAGGGUACACACAGAUACCAGGCUUCGGGACUCCAUAUGGAUACAGUGCUGCAGCCGCCCCAGCCUACGGUGGUCUUUUCAUUGACAAUCCUUUUUACCAGCCUCGGACCAUCGCACCAUUUAUUAUUCAUUUGGGUCCUCAAGAUCUCUUCUCUGACUUCUAGAACCAUCAGGUUGUGUGGCUUCUAAACUGUCGUACCUACAGUCCCGCUAAGGAGCUUGACCUUUGACCCAGCAGGCUGUCUGUCCGUCUCCCACCGUACGGUACAGAGCCAGCGAGUGGUCAAACCGAACUCCUCUCACUCUGUUCUGUCUCCUCACAACCCAAAUCAAAGGAAACAAACCUUUUAAAAAAGCAAUACUUGAUUUGACUUUUUUGACUCUCAGCUGCAUCAAAACUGAAGGCUGAGUACCUUGGUCUUUUAGUCUCUUUCUUAUAUAGCAAUACGACACCUGAACUUUUUGGCUUCAAGCUUACUUGAGAUGCCGUGAAUGUUCAAUUGAGUCUUACCCAAUCACAGCAUUGCAAUAGGUCAUUUCAACUGUAUAUUCACUGUGUGUAUGUGUGGCUAUACCAUGGAAUAUAUGCAUAUAUGUGUAUGGUAUGUGUUCCUAGAAAUAUAUAUAUUACAUGUGCUGAAACUAUUUAGGGUGUACGCGUGUGUAAAUAUGAUAUACUUAUUGUUGGUAUAAAUUAUUUUAGAAUUACAAAAGUGAAAUGUAAUUAUAAUCCUACAGUAUAGCUUUCUUCUUCCAGUUUUAUAUACACUAAGCAAUUUACUCUACUCUAGUACAAUGCAAUAUGAAACGUGUUUCUUAAUUAACCUGUGCUCACAGACUAGCGUAGUGAUGCUUCCUUUUGUUUUACCCUGAUGUCUAUCUCAUCUGAGCCUUUCUGGACACGCUCAAGUCUCUCUGGUCUAAGGCUCGCUAGCACAGCCCGGUCAGUCGGGAGUCGCUCGCUCACUCAACCUAGCAACCCUACCGCCCUCUCUAACACACUUCCUAUGUGACAGCACACAUUACUUUCCUGUUGACUUCCGGUCAGAAAGCACACUUCUCUACUCAGUGGAACAUUUCUCAUUGCUCUACUGCUAACAGGCGUACGCUAGUGGAGGUUGCUGGGGGGGGGGGGCUCAUAAUAAUGGCUGGAACGGCGCGGACGGAAUCGCGUCAAACACAUGGAUCCAUGUGUUCGAUGUAUUUGAUACCAUUCCACUGAUUCCCCUCCAGUCCUUACCCCGAGCCCGUCCUCCCCGAUUAAGGGGCCACCCUGUACUGUACUGCUCUAUCGGUACUCUACGUGCAUACACACUAUCCUUAUAAUAACCUGGGGGUCUGUUGGACAACUAGAGUAUCUGAACACUAAAACCUCCUCACAGGACUACAUUACUCAGAGGACCAGCCACAGUCCUCUCUCUCUCUCUCUCUCUCUCUGGCCUACAGCAUAACGUGGGACCAAAAGCACAGUUCACAGUUUGUUAGCUUGUAGAGGCGGUGGGUGGCCCUGUGACGGCACCACCGCCUACUCGCCCACCCCCCCACCCCCAUGCACACGUCAGUCGCCCCUCCGUUGCUGCGCAAAGGGCUUAGUUCACAAUCCGUUUGCACAACUGUUGUACAAUGUGCAGGCAAACUCACGAAAAGGGGUAUUUUGGAUCACAACCAAUGUGUCAGAUGUAUUAUAUAUCGGUUUGGGGACUAAGUAAAGCUACUCGGACAAUCCAACACACAGGGCCCACUGCUGCAUCUGUCAACACAGUCGCAGACCAACCAGCCUUGCCACCAUGGAACAGUCCAACCACACGUGAAUAGCAACAUCUAAUUCAACAGAUAGUCUGACAUUAUACAUGUUUAUCGCUGUAGAAAGACAGACGGGGCCGUUUCAUAACCCCCUGCUUUACCCUCUCUAGUAUAGCUUUUUUCUAUACUAUAUAGUAUAAUAUACUACCUAUAGUAUGCAGUAUGCUAUAUCUAACUGAGAAGGUGAAGCCAUAGUAAGCUGUAGUUGAUAUAUGAGUUUGUGUGCGGUGAAAUUAGCGUAUGGUGGGAAAGUAAAACUACAGUGCCUAGCAAGAUUUACCAACCCAGCAUCAAGGCCAUAUUCCCUGGUCUUGAAUAAGUGGACAUCUUAUAUCAGGAUGAGUCACUACAACCGUCCUGUAUCCAGAUGGAUGGAUCACAAAGUACAGGAUAAGAUGAGGUAAAUGAAUGUUGUUUUUUAAAACUUAUUUAUAUAAAAGCUGCUAAAAAUGUUAAAUCAAACCCCCCCCCCCCAUAACCACAUGAUCUGACAACUGGCACAAUACCCAUCCAAAAGGGAAUGUACGGUUUUAAGGUAUGCUCGUAUUUGAAUGUCCCGAAACAUUGAAGCAUAGCUUUAUAGCACUGGUUGAUGGGUCAAAUCUUUUCACAAACACACACGGUACUGUAUGUAUUUAUGUAUGUAGCUUCAGUUGGUGAGAGCUUCUGAUGUUUUGUCCUCAUCACUUUUUGGGAUGUUCAACGACAGCCUUUUAAAAAACACAAACAACUGCGAUCAGAAGGAAACUGCUGAAAUAUUGCAGGAAGUACAUGAAAUGCUUUGAUUCUUCUUCCUUGAUCUUCGUG